AUGGCGGCGCUGGGCGGGGAUGGGCUGCGCCUGCUGUCGGUGUCGCGGCCGGAUCGGCAGCCCGAGUCAGCAGCUCUGGGCGGCCCGGGCCCUGGGCUGUGCUGCUGGGUGUCUGUGUUCUCCUGUCUUAGCCUCGCCUGCUCCUACGUGGGCAGCCUCUACGUCUGGAAGAGCGAGCUGCCCAGGGACCACCCUGCAGUCAUCAAGCGGCGUUUCACCAGUGUAUUGGUGGUGUCCAGCCUCUCGCCUCUGUGCGUGCUACUUUGGAGAGAACUCACAGGCAUCCAGCCAGGCACAUCCCUGCUCACCCUGAUGGGCUUCAGGCUGGAAGGUAUUUUCCCAGCAGCACUGCUACCCCUGCUGCUGACCAUGAUCCUUUUCCUGGGCCCACUGAUGCAGCUCUCUAUGGAUUGCCCAUGUGACCUGGCAGAUGGUUUGAAGGUUGUCUUAGCUCCUCGCUCCUGGGCCCGCUGCCUCACGGAUAUGCGUUGGUUGCGGAACCAAGUGAUUGCGCCCCUGACAGAAGAACUGGUGUUCCGGGCCUGUAUGCUGCCCAUGUUAGCACCAUGCACGGGCCUGGGCCCUGCCGUGUUCACCUGCCCACUCUUCUUUGGAGUUGCCCAUUUUCACCACAUUUUUGAGCAGCUUCGAUUCCGCCAGAGCAGUGUGGGGAGCAUCAUCUUGUCUGCAGCGUUCCAGUUCUCCUACACAGCUGUCUUCGGCGCCUACACUGCUUUCCUCUUCAUCCGCACAGGACACCUGAUUGGGCCGGUUCUUUGCCACUCCUUCUGCAAUUACAUGGGCUUUCCUGCCGUUUGUGCAGCCCUGGAACAUCCGCAGAGGCGGCCCCUGCUGGCAGGCUAUGCCCUGGGUGUAGGACUCUUCCUGCUUCUGCUCCAGCCCCUCACGGACCCCAAGCUCUACGGCAGCCUUCCCCUUUGUGUGCUUUUGGAACGGGCAGGAGACUCAGAGGCUCCCUUGUGCUCCUGACCCAUGCUCCCGUACAUGCUCCUAUGAACUCUCACGGGCUCCCCAGCCCCUCCCUGUCAAGGGGUACU